UCCGCGUAACCCACAGGUUGCAUGGUUUAUUUCUCAGACGUUAAUCUCUCCAUGGUGAACUAUUAAUUCAUACGCCCCCUCAUGCGAGUAAUGAAAUGAAUGCAACAAAUGUCAGUGAGGGUUUUCAUUUUAGGUUGCACUUGCCGCCGAUGCGCGUUAUCCCACAGCCCUCCCCUAAUCGGUGGGCAUCGGUGACGCGCGUCUGGGGUUCAUGUUUAUGUCUGUCAGGUUUCCGAUUGGGCGCCGUGUGGAUGUGUGAUGAGCACCCGCGCGCCGUGGGCGGGAACAGUCAUGUUUAUAAACCACAGUACGCUUGCCGUGGGCGGGAGGACCGGAUCGAGAGCGAGAGGACGCGCGGCGCGGAGCUUGUGGAGGAGGCGCGGCUUCCACUGCCCCUCCGCCGAAGCAGCUGUAUGGACGACCACCUCAGCCUCCUCCACUCGCCUCCGCCUUCCUUGAGCAAGCACCGGGGCAACAACCUCGUGAACCACGGCUACACCGAAGACAUCAUGACAAUUGUUGCAUGCGACAACAUGCUGGAGGAGUCGGCGGCGCUGCCUGGGCACCACUCUCUGGAGCGCUACGAGCCAGACCACGAGUGCUGCGAGAGAGUUGUCAUCAAUAUCUCAGGCUUGCGCUUCGAGACGCAGCUCAAAACCCUGUCCCAGUUCCCUGAGACUUUACUUGGCGACCCCAAGAAGAGAAUGCGCUACUUUGACCCCCUCAGAAACGAGUAUUUCUUUGACAGGAAUCGGCCGAGCUUCGAUGCCAUCUUGUAUUAUUACCAAUCCGGAGGGCGCAUACGGAGACCCGUUAACGUUCCCAUAGACAUUUUCUCCGAAGAGAUACGCUUUUACGAGCUUGGAGAGGAGGCCAUGGAGAAAUUUCGAGAGGACGAGGGCUUUAUAAAGGAUGAGGUGCGUCCUUUGCCCGCUAAUGAGUUUCAGCGACAGGUGUGGCUGCUGUUUGAGUACCCAGAGAGCUCGGGUCCGGCCAGGGGCAUCGCGAUCGUCUCGGUGCUGGUCAUUUUGAUAUCCAUUGUCAUCUUUUGUCUGGAAACGUUACCCGAGUUCAGGGACGACAGAGACCCGACGACGGUCGCGCCGCUGACGAACGCAACUCUCACGUUCUUCAGCAGUCCCUUCUCUGACCCGUUCUUCGUGGUGGAGACUCUGUGCAUCAUCUGGUUCUCCUUUGAGCUGCUCGUGCGCUUCUUCGCGUGCCCCAGCAAAGCCACGUUCUCCAAGAACAUCAUGAACAUUAUUGACAUCGUGGCCAUCAUACCCUAUUUCAUCACUUUGGGGACCGAGCUCGCGGAAAGGCAAGGCAACGGCCAGCAGGCGAUGUCCUUGGCCAUUCUUAGGGUCAUCAGACUGGUGCGCGUGUUUCGGAUUUUCAAACUCUCGCGGCACUCCAAAGGGCUCCAGAUUCUGGGGCAAACGCUCAAAGCCAGCAUGCGAGAGCUGGGCUUGCUGAUCUUCUUUCUCUUCAUCGGGGUCAUCUUAUUCUCGAGCGCAGUCUACUUCGCCGAGGCUGACGAUCCCGACUCGGGCUUCAACAGCAUCCCUGAUGCGUUUUGGUGGGCGGUGGUUACCAUGACGACCGUGGGAUACGGCGACAUGCAUCCAGUCACCAUAGGGGGCAAAAUCGUCGGCUCCCUGUGUGCGAUCGCGGGCGUGUUAACUAUCGCUUUGCCGGUGCCAGUCAUCGUGUCCAACUUCAACUACUUUUACCACCGAGAGACUGAGGGAGAGGAGCAGGCGCAGUACCUCCACAUCGGCAGCUGCCAGCCUCUGUCCUCCUCCGAGGAGCUGAAGAAGACGCGAAGCACGUCGUCGCUCAGCAAGUCGGAGUACAUGGUCAUCGAGGAGGGCGCCUUCAAGCAGCCCAACUUCCCCGCCCAGAACAACCAAAACUGCGUGAACAUUAAAAAGAUGUUCACAGACGUGUAGGCUCUUCUAGUCUGCCUGAUGAUGGCAACGCUGUAGGUUCGUGUCAUGACAGUCAAGUGCUGCUGAGUGUGUCGCCCUUCCAUUUCCACGACGCAGAGGAAAUGGUUACAUGUUUAACGCGCCAGUCCCAUGCAGUGUUUAUCACCUGUUUGAUUGAACCAUUUUACUGUGAGGAGGAAGCCGCUAUCGGCUUUCAGUCCGUUUGCUGUCUUUAGGGUACGUUCAUUCAUAAAUAGGCAAUAUGUGAUAUCCGUGUGGCAAGCCGCUUUAACAUCUAUCCCUUAAAACUAACUAGCACCUGUUACUUUUGAUUACAAUUAAGUAAUACAGCACGGUUUUCAAUUGCUAUUGUAACUAUUUUCAGAUAUUAAAACAAAAAUUUAAAAUGUACUGGUAAUUUUUUUUGCCAGGAUAUUAUCCUUUAAUUUUUACGGACAUUGCCUUUAAUCCUAAAACACAGUGCAAUGAUGUGCAAAAUUCAAAGUACAGGUAAAACACCUGUAAAAAACAAAAACAAAAAUUCAAUACAGAAAAUGCCUUAAUAUUAAUUUUAAAACAAUACAUCAUGCCCUAUUUUUACAGUUGGUGUAUAGGAUUUACUUUGAAACAAUUUUCACUCAAAAAGUGCUAGUAAUUUUCACAAAUAGGCAUAAUUACAAGAAACACUUAAUUAAACAUGAUAUUUUCAAGAGGAAAGACUGAAAUAGUAUUUUCUUAAAAAACUCAUUCCCCCAAAAAUAAGUGCUUUAUUUUAUUUAUUUAUUUAUUUUCCACAGUGCAAUAAUGAUUAUUUCGUUGUAACUGAUAACACAUCUUUUGUCAUUGAAUUAUAUUGGGUUAAUAUAUCAACUAUUCACUUCCGACUAGUAACAUUUUAUUUUUUUAUCAUUUUGUUUUUAUUGUACUUUAUCUAUACAGUAGCCAUUCUGACUAGUAUUUACAUCUAAUGAUCUAAUAUAACUAAUAAUGUACUGUAAGAAAUAUUACACAGGCCUACUGUUUGAAUAUACAUUUGUGCCUCAAUAAAUAAGUACUAGUAUCUAACAAAGAUGUACUAAACUUGAAUAAAUACCAGCAACAAUCAGAAAUAUAUCAUUGGAAGUGAACGGUUAAUAUCGGUACCACAAAUCCACAUAACAUUCAAUGACAAAAAUAUCUUCCAGAAACAGUCAAGUUACUUGUAACUUCUGGAAUGGUGACAGGUAGCGAAAGUAAGUACUACUGUCCAAUUAAUAGUUUACAAGUGAAAUUGAAAAGACGCCAAUCACUACUGAAUGACUUACUCUAAAUAAACAAAUAGCCUAGUUCAUGGGAAAAUGUUAAAACGGCUUGCCAUAAAGCCAAUAUUUCGUCAAAGACAAGUUAAUAGCUAUUCUAUUCAAAUGCACUCAUUGCAACGCAUAGUCUACUUUAACAUGACAUUGCUGGAAACUAAGUCCAGUUUAGGCUGUUUUUACCAGAAUAUGGAGGGAAGCGCUUAUUAUAAUGAAGGAAGAGGUAGCCCUUUUAAAGGUAUUGUGUAUUUCCUUACAUUAUGGACAAGUGUCGCUCAGAUAACAUAUCACUUGUUGGAAUAAGUGUCUUUAAUGACUAAUUUUGUGUGCUUCUAUUGUGUAUCUUCGUCUCGUCAAAAGCCCGUUCCAUAUCAACCAGUGAAAGAUGCAUAAGAUGCUAUAUGUGAACUUUUUCUCCGUUUGUGCUACCAUUCGUGCAGAGUUCAAAGAUCUACAAUUGUUCUGAUUCAAGCACAAAUUCAGAGACUUGCUAAUGUGUACCGAUCACUGAAGACAAAAGGGAGGGGAAAGAUCAGAGACCGAAAACGCUUUUGACUGGAUACUUCUAAUCACGUUGGAGUGAUGCAGUCUCCAUAGCGACGAUAGGUUCCUCGGUAACCCGCUAUUGUUGCCAUGGCAUAUUUUUUUUUUUUUUUUUUUUUGUCGUCAGUAAUCCGCCAGAAUGUUUUGAAGUCUGGCUGAAGAUUCGCUGUAUUGCUGGAUUUUGUAAACUGGUGAAAAUGGAUUUUCUCAUCUAACCAGAGGGCCAUAACAACGACAAUACAACAGAGAAAUUGUUCUGGAGUAGUCUGUCUUCAAAAGACCCCAACUAUUAAGCCACACUCUGGGAUAAAGUGCAAUACAUGUGAAAUAACAAACAAACAAAACACUGUCCAACAGGCACAGACUGAAGUGAAAAAUGAAUGGGUGUGAUACACUGAUCAUUCACAAGGGGCUGCUGUAUCUUCGCCAAACGCUCGGAGUAGCCCGCCAUCUCUAUUCUCCCACAGGAUGGAAACCCCGCCUUGUUUUAAGAAACAGCAGUGAAGAUGGAGACAGAAGCGGAUGAAGCUUUAAAGGAGUUUAUCCUCCGGAGGCCGGAUAGCCUGUGUGGAUCCCAGCUUGCCAAACGUAGGGGCUCGUGGACUGUUCCCUGCUCCUCCACACUUCUGGGAGGAGGUGCCUUCAAAAAACAUCCCCCUCGCCCAGCCUGCGGGCCCUGCUUUC